UUCUUUCCGUCGGCAAGAUCAUCGUCAUCAUCAUCACCCAGCCUAGUGCCAAAGCUGAUCAGAGCCAAGCCAUCUCGCGUCUGUUGCGACCCGACUCCUGUUCCUGUUUGCAGCUGACUACUAGCAAUUGAUGCUCGAGGUUGCUGAUGCUGCGACAGUUUGAAGUUAUCGGACGUGGCAUAACCAGGCGGUUUUCAAUCUGAAUGCCGUCAAAACUGCUCUGAGAGCUAACCAUGGCAGAACCAGAGCUGUUGUUGGAUUCCAACAUUCGUCUUUGGGUGGUCCUACCCAUUGUCUUCAUCACUUUUCUCGUCGGAGUAAUUCGACAUUACGUGUCCAUACUACUGCAAAGCGACAAGAAACUCACAUUAGAACAAGUCUCAGACAGCCAAGUACUUAUCAGGAGCAGAAUUUUAAGGGAGAAUGGAAAGUAUAUUCCCAAGCAGUCAUUUCUCAUGAGAAAGUUUUAUUUCAACAACCAAGAAGAUGGAUUCUUCAAAAAGACCAAAAGAAAAGUCGUCCCACCCUCCCCGAUGACUGAUCCUAGUAUGUUGACAGACAUGAUGAAGGGAAAUGUGACCAACGUGUUGCCGAUGAUCCUCAUUGGUGGCUGGAUCAACUGGACGUUCUCUGGAUUCGUCACAACGAAGGUGCCUUUCCCUCUAACUCUGCGCUUCAAACCAAUGCUCCAGCAAGGGAUUGAGCUGCUCUCUCUAGAUGCGUCAUGGGUGAGCUCUGCAUCUUGGUACUUCCUCAAUGUGUUCGGCCUGCGAAGCAUGUACUCACUGAUACUGGGACAAGACAAUGGUGCGGAUCAGUCUCGGAUCAUGCAGGACCAGAUGAGCGGAGCCGCCAUGGCUAUGCCAGCAGACACUAACAAAGCCUUCAAGGCAGAAUGGGAGGCCCUGGAGUUGACGGACCACCAGUGGGCUCUGGAGAACGUGGAGGACGAGCUGAUGAGCAAGGACUUGGACUACUGUGGCAUGUUCAGCCGAGAGCUGCCCACUGGAAUCUUCUAGUCACCAGAACGCUAUUUUUUUCAGUCCCCCCCCCAUACUCUGCUGGAAUAGGCUGUGUGGGCUCGCUUGGCAAUCCAUUUCCACCCCAUUGAAGAUGACGGACUAUUUUAAUUAAGUUGACUAUGGAAUGAGAAGUUGACGGCUGGACCUAUUUUACCGGUUUGCUACUGCCUGUAGGGGUGUGCCGUGUCUAAACUUGUCAAAUGCAUGCACUGUGUUACACAUUUUAACUAUGCGACUACACUCACUCCUUUGGUAAUUUGUAAUAUUGUAAUAUUAAUCAUGCUAUCCACUCCUAUUUUUUUGCUGUCAAAAGGGAGAUGUCUACAUUGCUCCUCCAUGGAUCCACUCUAGAAAAGCCAAGCCAAACUUUAUGAACACAGACCCCCUUCAACCUUGAAAAGUCCUAUUUGGUUUCCUGUUAAUUUAGUUGCAGUGUUUAGAUUCACUAUCGUUUUUUUUCCUUUUAACUGAAAUGACUGAAAGAACUAUUUGUUGUGACCACUGAAAAAGGAAAGCACAUCUUAGGGUUUUUGUUUAGAGUAGGAUAAUGUGAGCAGAAUCUUUUCAUGUUUAUUUUCAGUAUACCAAUUGUGCAUUCAUGUGCUCUCGGAAACUCGUAUUUACGAGUCUCGGAAACUCGCGUGUGCACAAUAAGACUGGUAACGUCUCACUCACUGCAUUCCAAUUUGGAUUUUCAUUUGAUGGAAAAUCUAGUCACCAGUUUAAUAAGCAUCCACCAUUUUCUUAAAUGUUCAUUUAUUAUUGUUUACAAACUAUUUAUUUCAUUUUAAUUGUUUUGUAACAUGUUUUGUAAAAAAUAUUGCGCCACAUUAAAAUAUGUUUGUCCUCAUA